UUGGCAGCACUGCACAAUACACAUUGCUUGCGUACGUAGCCGGCAAUAACAGAGCAUUAAGAAGCAGAACAGAAACAGAGCACGCUCACAUUCUCAUCCUCAUCAUUGCAUUAAUGGAAGCUCAAAGCCACCAAGAGAACACUGAGCAACUAGUGCCUUGUGACAGUGGAGGAACCACCAAUGAUGUCUCUCAUUCAGCUGAGGCUCAUCCAAUUCCAAACCCAAAAUUUGUGAUUGCAGCAUCUGGAAGAAAUGGGAGCCAGUGGACUUGCCUCCCAAAACCAUCUCAUAACUAUGUUGAAUAUCUUUCAGAAUCCUCAACUUAUAUGCCCAACACUUCAACUGAAUACAUGAUUGGGAACAGUUAUCUACCUGUUGGCAGCAUGAAUGAUGGUAAUGGGAUCACGGGGAUAGACAGAAACUUCUUUUACAAUGACCCAGGAAAAGCUUGUGGCUUUAAGCCUAUUGCUUCUUCAAGUAAUGACCUUGACAUAAGGAAGGUUGGUUUUUGGAGAGUUGAUGAAGGAGAGGAAACAAUUAAAGUUGAAAGUGGAAGUAGUCAAAAUCUUCUUUAUGAUGAGGGUCAUGCUUCAUGGACAGCAGAUUCAGUUGGAGAUAAGCAUAAUGGUUCACGAUUUGAUCCAAUGGUAAUGGUUGGUGCACCUUCUUUCCUUCCCAAACCAGGAUGCAGCUCCUCAAAACAGAAAACACGUGUCACUGACCGUCAACGCAGGCAACGCAUUGCUGAAAACCUCAAAGCUUUACACGAAUUGCUUCCAAAUCCAGCUGAGGGUAGUCAAGCGUACAUACUGGACGAUAUUAUUGACUAUGUCAAAUAUUUGCAACUUCAAAUAAAGGAACAAAGUGGAGGUAGGUUGCAAGCUGAAUCAACUGCUAUACCACUAGUUUUUCAUGAGGGUUAUGGCCAUUAUAUCAACCAACAGAUGCUGAAUGAACCCCUUGAGGAGAUAAUGGGAAAACUACUUGAAGAACAUUCAACGGCAGCCAGUCAGCUACUGGAGAGUAAGGGUCUUUUCUUGCUGCCCAUGAAUUUGGUUGAUGACUUGAGUGAAGCAAUGGAAAUGUUCAACGGAACUACACUUGUCUGACAAAACUUUUGUCUAUUUAUCUUAAUGUUUCUUCAGUAUGGUGAUAUCUAUUUUCAGUGUUUGGAUAAUUUCCUUCUGGACGCAUAGCAUGAGAACCAAAUUGACAUUUG